GACAGUCAACAGUCAGCCGCUUAGUCAAGUAGAUCGAAAGUCAGCAGAUUAAUACAGCAAGAUGAGCAAAAUUGUUUUCCUAAUCGUGGUCAUCAUUGGCGUACUUGGCUCCCUUGCGGUGGCCCUGCCCCAGCGUCCGUAUACCCAGCCACUGAUCUACUAUCCCCCACCACCGACGCCACCCAGAAUCUACAGAGCACGUCGCCAGGUGUUGGGUGGAUCGCUCACAUCCAAUCCGAGUGGCGGCGCCGAUGGCCGAUUGGAUCUAAGCAAGGCCAUUGGAACGCCCGAUCACCAUGUCAUUGGACAAGUGUUCGCAGCGGGCAACACGCAGACCAAACCGGUAUCCACUCCCGUAACCAGCGGCGCUACCCUCGGCUACAACAAUCAUGGACACGGCCUGGAACUGACCAAAACCCAUACGCCCGGUGUGCGGGACAGUUUCCAGCAAACGGCCACCGCCAAUUUGUUCAACAACGGAGUUCACAAUCUGGAUGCCAAGGCAUUUGCCUCGCAGAACCAACUGGCCAAUGGCUUCAAGUUCGAUAGGAAUGGAGCUGCCCUGGACUACUCUCACAUCAAUGGUCAUGGAGCCACCCUGACGCACGCCAAUUUUCCCGGACUGGGCAAGCAAUUGGAGCUGGGUGGACGUGCCAAUCUUUGGCAGUCGCAGGAUCGCAACACAAGGCUCGAUCUGGGCAGCACGGCAUCCAAGUGGACAAGUGGACCCUUCAAGGGCCAGACCGAUCUGGGCGCCAAUCUGGGACUCUCCCACUACUUUGGCUAAAACUAUUUUCUUAAAAAUACAUUACACAAUAUUUAUUCUAAAA